GGAGCGGACAGUUGCGUAUCGCGUGGGCCGCAUGCAGGGGUGACGAACUUUUACGGACUUGUGUUUGUGCUUUGUGUUAUAUUUUUGGUUGUGAAUAAGCUGGAAACAUGGAGACCGUGGUUCAAUAUUUGCUCCUAGCUCUAGCACUGACCUCAGUGCAAAUAUCCUUUACUGAAAGCCGUCUAAAUGAAAAACGCAGGGAUAAAACUGAAAGGAGAUAUCACGCCGUGCAGACGAAAGAUAAUAUGUGCGAGAUUACAAACAGAGAAUCCAAAGUACAUUGUUACUGCGAGAAUACGGAAGUGAAAACCGCCACGAGAGCCGACUGCUGGGUUUUUAAUGGCGGAAUAGAUGAAUCGGAUCCGAUAUGGUCUAGUUUUAACUCGCAACCGCUCCUGGAAAAACUUACAUUUAACGUCAGAUCCGACGGCGCGCUCAAGUUCAUCCCGUUGAACGUUAUACACAGAUUGAAGCGAUUACAAAAAUUAUACAUUCAUUAUGCGACGCUCAACAAAAUCGAGAAGAGGACUUUCACGAAUAUAACGACGCUGAGGGAAAUAACUUUAAUGAACGACAAAAUAAUAGCGCUAGACUUUUCGGCGUUCGCGAGCCUCCCGCUACUUGUGAACUUGACGAUAAAGGGCAACAAAAUAGCAGAGAUUCAGAGAGAUGUGUUCGUUGAUCUCCCGAACCUGAGAUAUCUCGAUCUCUCCUUCAACAAUAUUAACUUGGCGCAUGAUGGAUGCUUCGAGCAUUUGAAUAUCCUCAACGACCUCGUCCUGGAAGGCAAUUUAAUCUCCGUAUUAACGAGAGACACCUUUAAAGGCCUCGCUAAUUUAACGAGGCUGGAUUUGAGGUCAAACAAAUUGUCGAUGAUUGGAGAUUUAACGUUUUCCGAAUUGUGGAAUCUAAACGAACUUCUUUUGGAUAAUAAUGAAUUGAAAUAUCUUUCGGAGAGAGCCUUUGAUGGCUUAGCUUUGCUUCAAAAACUGUCUAUAACUGGUAAUAAAUUGCAGUCCGUCAACGAAGGGCUUUUAGAGGGCGUAAGAGGGUUGGAAUUAUUGGAUUUGAGAAAUAAUGAAAUCGAAUUCUUUACGUACGACACCGUCAAGCCGAUCCUCGAGAACUUAAAAAUGAAAACCUCCGUCCUCUACUUAAGCGGUAACAAACUUACCUGCGACUGCCGCUUAAGCUGGAUCCAGAAUCUCCGCAAUGAAACUAGCAGCGAUCCUCUCAAAUCAGCUUUAGACGACGUCACUUGUUAUUAUAAUACCCUUGAUAGCGCUGAAGGAAACAACGAAGUUACAAUCAACGAGAAAGCGACAAUAGAUAGCUUCGAUUUAGAUUCAAAUGAUGAACCAAAAGAUGCUAUCGAUGAGGAAAUAUAUGAUCCACUUAAGUACGAAGCUACUGUGAAGCCUGAAGAACAAGUUUUCGUUGUGGACAUCCCAGCGAAAACUCUCCCAUGUCCAGGUCUGGUUCGAAACGGUGAAGACUCGCAGAUGUUGUCUUCGAAAGAUGAAAACUACUGGUUACCGAGUUCAAGUACAAUGUUAGUGUCUAGUUUAUCCACAGUCAUAUCAUUACUAAUCAUAUUACUACAUUAGACUAAGAACGUGUGAUUCUGUAAAUACGUAAAUUUUAGAUGACUUAGCGUUAAGAAUUUUCUCAUUAAUAAAGACUGUUUAAGCAUUC